AUGGCUCGGCCGCAGCAGCGGUACCGCGGCGUGCGGCAGCGCCACUGGGGCUCCUGGGUCUCCGAGAUCCGCCACCCUCUCCUGAAGACGCGGAUAUGGCUGGGCACGUUCGAGACGGCGGAGGACGCGGCGCGGGCCUACGACGAGGCGGCGCGGAUCAUGUGCGGCCCGCGCGCGCGCACCAACUUCCCUCCCAACGCCGUGGCGGCCGCCGCGUCGUCCUCGUUCCUCUCCGCCGCGCUCGUCACCAAGCUCCACCGCUUCAACCUGGCGUCCGUGCAGGCGGCGCAGCGCCAGAGGGAGGCCGCCGCCGCAGCCGCGGCCUCCGCGGCGGCCGCAGCAGCUAUAAUGCCGCUCGGCAGCGUCACCGGCGAUACUGGGUCGUCGUCGUCGUCGGGCGCGGAGGGGUGGGGCGGGCGGCACCUGGAGGAGCAGCACGUGGAGCAGAUGAUCGAGGAGCUGCUGGACUCCGACUUCUCCAUGGAGAUCUACCGUUAGAUCAAGAGAUUGUCCGGCGAGUGCUCUGCUUCCUCUGCUUCUUCCUUCGGGAGAAUGGUCACGGCGUCUGCAUACGUACGUACUUUCCUGUGCGUGUCCAGUGUCUAGUUCUCUGCUACGCGCGUACCUCAGCGAACUACAUGAAGACUGAAGAACUCCGAUUAGUUAGUUUGUUCAAGAGUUGUCCUACAACACGCUACCAGUAGAUGUACAGUACCUAGUAUUAGCGGCAGAAGAGUACAGUAACAAAUUUGAGCCCUUCCUAUUUUCACUGUUCUCGGCUUAGUUACCUCUGUGACGUC